GCUGCGAUCCUUCCGCCCAGAGUCACCCCUCUGUUUCACCUCUGCCCCUACCCCAUCACUCUGUCGCCUCUUGGCAACCCCUCUCUAUAGUGUGGGAAGGGACUAAUACAGAGAAAGGGGGGGUUGGAAGGAUGGUCUGUAUUGCCUAGGAUUUGCCUCCCAAGGGCUGAUUCUAUCAUGACAUUAUUCAAUGUUGGCUACAUCACAGCCUGUAUAUAUAUAUAUGUAUAAGGGGGAAAGAGCCGGUAGUAGCACUGCAUACUCUGUACCUCUAACUGCUGGCUAAGCUGGUGGCACUACGAUACGACAGAGAGGAGAAAACCCUGCAUUUCACCUCUGCAUUGACUACUGCACCAUCGCCCAGAGCCUGCGGAGAGACAGAAAGAGAGAAAACACUCCAAACUUCCUUUCCGCUGCCAUCCCGUCCCAUUUCCAGGACACACAAAAAAAGAACAUGAGGUGGACCGCGUUGCUGCUCCUGAUACUUGCUCAGGUGUCAAUAUCGCUAACUUCAGCACUGGAAGGAGACUCAGAGCACAGUAAGACUCUGAAAGUGACGAUAGGAAGCCUUCCUGCCAGACCGGUGCUGACUGGGACCCUCACCAUACCGUGUCACAUCAGGUACCACUCUCCAUCCGAGGUCCUCAGCGUUGGGCGCCAAGCAGUGCUGGCAACUCCUAGAAUAAAAUGGAGCUUCAUCUCCAAUGGGAAGGAGGAGGAGAUACUGGUGGCACGGGGCCGGAAAGUUAAGAUCAGUGAGGGCUACCGGGCCCGUGCCUUGAUGCCACACUACGCCGAGUCGGGCAACGACGCCACUUUAAUCAUAAACAGCCUAAUAACUAACGACUCAGGGAUCUACCGAUGCCAUGUACAGCACGGUAUAGAAGACGACUACGAUAUGCUGGAGGUUAAAGUAAAAGGGGUUGUGUUCCUGUAUCGGGAGGGAACUGCACGCUACGCUUAUACUUUCUCUAUGGCGCAGGAAGCAUGCAACAGAAUUAGGGCGAGCAUUGCCACGCCGGAACAGCUUCUGGCUGCUUAUCAUAGUGGCUACGAACAGUGUGAUGCUGGGUGGAUUUCAGACCAGACUGUCAGAUACCCAAUCCAGAUUCCAAGAGAAGGAUGCUAUGGCGACAUGGAUGGGUUCCCUGGAGUGCGGAAUUAUGGGGUGCUGGAUCCAGAUGACAUGUAUGAUGUGUACUGCUAUGUUGAAGAACUGAAUGGUGAAGUGUUUUUGAGUUCGACGCCUGAUAAAUUUACCCUGCAUGAAGCAAAGGACUAUUGCAAAAGGCUGGGCACAAGCAUUGCAACCACAGGGCAACUCUAUGCUGCGUGGAGCCAGGGAUACGAUCAGUGUAACCCAGGGUGGCUCUCAGAUGGAAGUGUGAGGUAUCCAAUUGUCACACCCAGGGAAAGGUGCGGGGGCAAUUCUCCUGGUGUUAAAACGCUAUUUCUGUUCCGUAAUCAGACGGGAUUUCCAGACUCCAUGGCCAAAUAUGAUGUUUACUGCUUCAGAGAUAAGAGCCGACUUGCACCACAAAAUCUGGAAGAUGGUCAACCUGCUCCAGCUGAGAAGGUCCAGAAUGUUAUCACUUUAACUGAAAGCUUUCAGGAGUUAACCUUCCCUAAAGGCAAUGCUGAAAAUGAAGCUCAGGGCUCUGUGGACUCCAUACCACUUAACAAAACAAAGAUGGCCGACAGUCAACAGGAACCAGAAGAGCUGAGGGAAACCAUUACCAGGGAGCAAGAAUCAGUUCUUCAAGAGUCAACACCAACUGUAAAGAGUUCCACCAGCAACUCAUUUGUAUCGUAUCCUCCUGGGGAUGUAGAGCAAGACAAAGAAGAUGGCAAGGAGGAGGAAAUAGCAAAGGAAGAUGCUAGUUUUACCCAAGAAACCUCAGAGACCAAGGCUGCGUUCAUCCCACAGAACAAAUCUGUCUCCUCUCUCCUAGAGACGACAAGAAGCACGUUGGAGGAAAGUGUCGAUAUCCCUACGCAGUCGGUUCCAGGUGACUCCGCCACAAAAGUAGUCCUUGUAAAUAUAGAUGCGGAAAAUGAUUACUUUUAUGACAAUAUCACCAACUUGCCAGAUGAAUUUGACUCAGAGGAGUCGGGAACAUUAAGCCAAACAGUUCAUACCCCUACCCAGUCACCAAAGAAAAGUCCUGAAACUGAACAAGUUCUGAUUAAGGAGAGCGAGGAUGUUUAUAAUAUCUCAGUGUAUGCUACUCGGCAAUCUGAAGCUUCUCCUGUUCCAACUGACCCGACGCAUUCUGCUUAUGUUACCAGUUUGGAUAACAAAGAUGGCGGUAAUCCUUUACCGCAUUCCACAGGCGAUAUAGAUGAUACAAGUUCUGGAGUGUUUCCUACUUUAGUUACACCUGGAGAACUUUCCAUAAGUAGCUCUGACGCUGGAGCACAGGUUUUUGAAGCAUCUGGACAUGGGGAUAGUUUGUUUACAGAAGAUCUAAAUGCCAGUCCAAAACCCUUUGUGGGUUUAUUGAAACAGCUUGUUACCAGCGAGUUGCCUGUAUCAACACAACCUCCCAUGUAUUCUGUGGGCACCAGGCUAGAUCAGUCUACGGAUGCACAAACUAAUAUGCUCACAACCCAAGUAGAUUUAGCAAUGGAAACCAGUGGUCAGAGCAACUCACAAGCCACUUGGGAGGAAGCAAGUGGGGACGGCUCUGGUUCCUUAUGGACUGAGUCAAGUGGACAAACUACAAACAACACACAAGAUGCCUCCAUUAACACAGCCGAGCACUCAGGAAACCCAACUAGCCAUCCUGAAAUAACACAAAGUGUGGCCCAUUCUACAAAGACCUUUGGAAAGAACCCAGUUGAUAUACAGGGUAACCAAGAGACUGCAACAGUACAAAUAUCUCACCUAAUAAGUUCUUCCAUUAUCUCAACAGAAAGGCAAGAAAAUAUCAUCGAGAACGGCCUUUCUUCAACAGCCUUACCAAACAUGGAAGAAAGUUCCGAAGAACCUAGUUCAGGGGAAGCUACGACUGCAUCACCAGUUCAUUAUGUUCCUCUCAGGUAUACUCUAUCGCCACCACCUACUGAUAAUUCCGAGGAUUCCACCACUCAUAUUCAGGAGAAGACAGCCCACCCAAAUGUGUCUAUGAGUACAACCAACCCGCCACCUGCUAUACCAACAGAGAGAGCCAUUCUGGGAGCCUCAAUAAAUCUGUCAGAUGUCUGCUACCCAAACCCUUGUGGAAAUGGAGGGACUUGCAUUGAUGAAGAGGACGAAGACUUCCGCUGCCUGUGUUUGCCAGGUUAUACUGGGAAAAUCUGUGAAAUAAAUGUAGAGAAGUGCUUGGGUGACUGGGAUUCGUUCCAGGGAUUCUGCUACAGACAUUUCCAUGAAAGACGAAGCUGGGAAGAGGCAGAGACCUUCUGCCGAGACGCUGGAGGGCACCUAACCAGUAUUAUGACCCCCGAAGAACAAGAGUUUCUCAACAACAAGUACAACGACUAUCAAUGGACGGGGCUGAACGACAGGACCAUAGAAGGGGACUUCCAGUGGUCGGAUGGGAACCCCCUGCUGUAUGAGAAUUGGGCCCACGGGCAGCCGGACAGCUAUUUCCUCUCCGGAGAGAACUGUGUGGUGAUGGUGGGACACAAUGAGGGCAAAUGGAGCGAUGUCCCGUGUAAUUACCACCUCCCAUUCGUCUGCAAAAUGGGACUAGUCUCCUGCGGCCCUCCCCCAGAGCUAUCCAAUGCCACCAUGUACGGGCGGCCAAAAUCAACCUAUCAGAUCAAUUCGGUGGUGGGAUACCGUUGCCAGGAAGGUUUUCUUCAGAGGAACUCCCCAAUCAUUAGGUGCCAAGCGGAUGGGUUUUGGGAGGAACCCCAACUCAGCUGCAUCUCCAAUGCCACAUUUUAAUAUCCUGUGUCCUUCCAACCUUCUGAGAUGUUUCCUACCUGGCCAUAAGUAGCCCUUCUGAAUAUGUUUCCAGGACCCCACACAGCUGCAGGAUAAGGUUCCAGACCAACAAUGGGUUAAAAACAGACUUAAUGGCACCAGAAGGGGGCAGCGGUUAUUUCUGUGGACAAAUCAUUGCACAGACUGCAGCCAGAUCCCACGUUACUGCAGCAAAUGUUACUCAGCCCCCAAUAAAUGGAUUUGUGCCAACAAU